AUGAACGCGUCCGAGUCGUACCAGCUCGAGUCGCUCCCCUCCGAAGCGGACGGCGUCAAACCGCCCUCGCCGACGGCCUCCAUCGACCCGGCCAAUGUGAGGUGGAUGAACCAGGGCGGCCGGCGAUGGGAGGUCGGCAAGAUCGUCUCUCGCAUCGUCUCGACGCUGCUGUGCGCCAUUAUGCUCAUCAUCUGCAUGUCGUGGUAUGCGCAUCCCGAGAAUGACUUAUGGGUGCAACGAGCUGACACGCCCUACAAGGCCAUGAUGUGCUUCAUGUGGGACCUGGGCGAGUUCCUCUCCGUCUGCGCACGGCACGGUCGCGGCAUCACGCCCAAAGCGCACAUCGGCGUUGAGGUGAUACUGUCCAUCGUGGCCUACAUAGGCGGAGGCUGGCUGGCUUUCCAGCUGGGAGUUCUGCAACCGGGCCAGCUUAACAAUCUGCCCAUCCGCUACGCCCUUGCCAUAUGCGUCUUCAUACUCAUCACCGCAACGAUCCAUCUAGUCCUAUUCAUUCGCGCCUGUAUCGAGCGCAGCCGCGAGAUCCGUCGGCGCAGACCGCGCGUCAUGUACAUCCCCGAGACGGGACAGACGAUCUACGUCGUCGCCAAACCGUUUCCCAAGCUGCCGACGUGGAAGUCACAGCAGCAGCAGCAGCCCGCAGCCCGCGCCGGAUCGUUCCCGCGGUCGCCGCAAAGCCCCGUCGGCAGCAGCAACAGCAACAACACCAGCAGCCCGCUGCACCGCCACUUCCAGCAGCUGCAGCUCGAGAUCCCGCCGCCGCUGCCCGAACGUUGGCCGAGCGAGCUCUCUCCCUCGAUGUCAUCGAUCAAGAGGAAGCCGGUGCGCGGGAUACCGCGAAACAUACCGGCGGGCGACCGCGAGCGGCUGCUCCGGCCGAGCAUGCGGCCGCCGCCGGAGGACUACGAGCCGUCGCCGGAGGAGCUGGAGAGGAUGAGGCGGGGCGACGCGCAGCCGCAGCUGAUCAUGCCGGGUGACGUGGACAUCAAGUUCGCGACGAGCGCCACAGGCAUGACGCCGGCGGACGCGAGCGCGCGUGAAGGCAAGUAUCGCGUCGACGCCUCGCAGAUGUCGGGGAUGGCGCCGAUGGGAGAGGCGUCGGCGACGGGGAACGGCAGGGGCAGGCGGCAGUCAACGUGA